AUGGUUAGAUAUAUCUAUUGGACCCUUGCUUUGACCCUUGUGGUUUUGGCAUGUAGUGUAAGUGCAGCUCCAGCCGUAUUGGAGGAAUAUGAUGUGGAUAAAAGUCAUGAGUUUCCAGCCUCUAGGCAAGCGGAAACUGCCGGCAAUACCAGCGUGGAUAGCAGCGCCAGCAGUGAGGAGAAACACGAUGAUGACGACGAUGAUGAUGAGGAGACUGAAGUAGAAUCCAAAGAGGAUGCUGCAGCCAAUGAUGAUGAUGAUGAUGACGAUGAUGAUGUUGCCAGUUUAUUGAUAGGUAAUCGUCGUCGUCGUCGUCGUCGGGAGGUGGAUACUACUGAAUUGCCCACCGAUGUGCCAGAGAAUGAGAAAGAGAAUGAAACUACUAUACCAACAACAACAACAACAACAUUGACACCACCAUCACGUAAACCAGUCCUUGUACUCAUACGCGAUGCCUUGAAGAAGGUCACCACUGAAUUGCCCACCGAACAGGUGGCCAAUAAUGCAUUGCAAUAUUUCCAACUAUUUGAGCAUUUCAUUCAGCAGACCAUCGAACAGGUCAUUGGCGAUGAUGAUGAUGACGAGGAUGAGGCACAGCCGGUAACAAUUAUACCAGGCGCAGCCACCGAAGAGGUGGAGGAGCAAGAGAUCAAGAAACCCGAUACCAAUGAAAAUGAAACUGUUCCCCCAAAGCCCGAAGAAGUUGCCGAAACGAAACCGGAAUUGCCUAUGCCCCAUGAAGAUUCAUCAUCGCCCAUACCUAAUAGUGUUUAGAACAUAA